AUAUUAUUGAUCAUCGCACACGUUCAUGUUAUUAUAUUGAAAAUUAGGGCUGGAAAUUCGUGUGUAGUUAGUCAAACUAUUAAAAUACACACAGUUGAUGAACUCAAUUAGCAGAUAGCAUGGCAUAGGAAGACAAAUCUAGAGCAGAGGAUCAACAGUUUCUUUUGUAGGUCAGUGUUGGUGUGAUGUGUUUUGACUGGUUUCUGAUCGUCUACCAAUGUCUCUGUCCACAUGAGCAACGAUGACGUAUUCGGAGUGCGUCAGCGACGGUGAAUAUUAUAUUUGCCCUUCUCAAUACGGGGACGUUUCUAAAACAUCCUGUUGCGUUGACAGCUAUGGAAGCGGUAUGUGCUGCGUUCCAGAAUCGGUAAACGCGGAAGGAGACCAUUGGGGAUACCGGACUGAAAGCCCAAUGGUAUAUUACGUGGAUUACCUACUGAUUCUUGGCGCUAGUGUAAUAUUGCUAGUAAUUGUUGGAUUGUUAUGCUGUGAAUAUUUAUAUUUGAACACAGAUGAAGAUAACUUAUACCUUAUACGACAGCAGUCCCUUACACCUGAAGUCAGGCUCACUAAACCACAUGAGUACAACGGCAAUAAUUUUAGAGUUAUUCGUGAGUACAACCGGCAUAUAGAUUCUGCACCGUCGGCACCGCCGAGCUAUUACGAAGAAUUUGAUAACGAUAAAUAUUUUGAGUCCUCGAAUGGAUAUACGAAUGACUAUUACAACCCGAGUGGCCAUCCGCUUUUAUAUUCCGAGCCAGCUGUACCGCAACCGACUGGAUCCACACAACAUAACUAUCGACCGCCUUGCUAUGCUCCUGGGUCAUCGUACUAUUACAAGUGAAUUCAGGCAUAGCCCAGCACAUAUAAUUCAAUUUACAUCAUAAUGAUGAAGAGCGUUGGUUCAUUAUGAUCUCAUGAUUUUUUAUCAGUUUUAUAGUUAUUUAUUUAUUAUUAACACUACAAUUAAAUAAAUAUUUAAAGAGUGGUUUUUUACAUUUUAAACAAAACUUAUGAACACAAUUUGGUUUAUUUAAAAUUCUUAGGCUUAUUUUCAAUAUUUAUUUAAUUGUUUUAUUGAAAUUCAAUAAAUUACUAAUUCAUUUAUUAGCUCGAUGAGUAAAUGACCUGAGCUACAGAUAGAACUCUUUAAUUUCUUUUAUUAUUUUCAUGCGCAUAAUAUUAAAAAAAAUAUGAAUUAUUUUAUGUAGUUAUGUUAACAAUCUGCUAAAUUUUAAUAUAAGUUAAGUGUUCUAAUAAUAAUGAAUGACCUAAACUUUUAACAUAUUGGUGUUACAAUUUCCUACAAUCCGAAUAAAACAUUGUAGGCCUAUUUGAGUGAUAAGUAGAACAUUUUUUAAGUUAAUGUAUAAUCCGUCUUGUAAAGUAAUAGCCCUUUUUGUAGUGUCAGGUCAAACCUAACAAUCACAAUAAGACAUGGAUUACUUGCAUGUCCCACAAAUAUACACGUUUACGUAUGUCUGCACUGUUUGUUGAACCUCAGAAAGAGUAUUCAGACCUUUAAGUUGGUUGGUAUUAACAUACAAUUCGAUGAGUAUAAAAGUAAAGAGCAAGGAUGACAGUAUGAUAGUUAAUAAUAGUGUUAUUUUCGUUCUGGAAGUCACUUCGUGAGCCUAGAUCUGGCCUGUAAAAUCGUCAAGUAGUGUCUUCCUAAUCUGUUCGCAGAUAUAUCUUAAGCCUAAGCUUCUUGAAAAACCCCAGGGCCAUGAUCUUUUGGAGCAUUAGUAAUCCAUUCCGAAAAUUUUGAAGUGAUUAUUUAGAGUAGUUUACUGGUGUGCGCAAAACAACAUUGUUCAAAAUCUAUGCCGUACAAAUGAAGCAUAUACAUAUACUGAGAGUGUUGUUCACUUUGUAUUUGUUUAACAAAUAUGUGGACCUGCUUAAAACACGAGUUGUACCUUAUUGACUUACUUUAAUUUAUUACACAAGUUUUCGCCAACAUGUUGCUUCAUCAAGUGUGUUAUAAAUAUACGCCUACCAACUAUGUCUAGAUCACUGAUUCCCAUCUCGAUUUGUGUCUAUUUAUGGUCACAGCCUAUCUGCGGUUUAAAAUACGCGAAUCAUUAAUUGAAUUUUAAGUAAAUAACCAUGGACCUAUUAAUAGGUACAUGAAAACCGAUGAUUUAAAGCAUUACCUUUUGAGAUUCUAACUGAAUGUAAAUUAUUGGUUAUCAUCAUCAUAAGAUUCCCAAUCCCAAACUGUCCCAAUAGUACCAGCAAUACGACGGAAGACUUUAUUAAUUAUUAAUUAAAGCUUGGUGUUGCUGAGAAUACGUAACUGCCUAUUCAUUAGGAGUCAAGUCUCUGAAAACGCUGUCUUCUUCCCAAUUUAAUUUGCACUUUAUGAAUUAUUAAGUAUAAUAUUAAACUGAGGAAAAAGCCAGUGCUUCAUUUCAUCACAAGUGUAAAGAAACAUUGAUCGAAAGAAAGACUAUACGGUAAGCACCUAUAGUCAUGUCACGUUUGUCGCAUUUCAUCAUCAUUUGACAUUUACUUCAAACGACAUGCACACCAUUCGCAAAGGAGUAGGAUAUUGCCUGCCAGUGUAUUUGCCUAAAUUACCACCAGUAGGACCGCACUAAAAACUUUAUCUGUCUUUUGAUUUCUAGUGGGGUGGUAAUUCUGGUGGUGAUUUAGGCAAUGCACUUGUAGAAUAUUAUGUUGUCAAGAGUUACCGAUGUGGUCGACUGGCUUCAAAGUUUGACUAAUAAAAUAGAGGCGAAUUGACA